AAACAUUAAUUUGAAGAUUCUAACAACAAUAUCACUGAAAUGGCCAUUCAUUUUCCUUAUGAAUUUCCUCUUGUUCCUCAGCACUGAAAUCAUUCUUAAUGUUAAACGUCUGACGAAUUUCCUCUGCUGUCUUCCCUUUUAUAAUCUCUGCUAUAGUAUUGCAAGUAAGAAUCAACAAAUUCUUGAUAUUCAAGAAAUUCGCAGCAAUAACGAGUUCAAAAAGCGAAGCCGAAUCAAUCUUCACGAAUUCAGCGUCCCAAGCAUUAAGAUCAUCCUCAGAAGGUUUUUUAUCGGAACUCGCUGCUUCCGCUUCGACAUGCUUCUUGCAGUAUUCAAUUAUCAUCGCUAAGAUCUUGCUGCUGACGUUUGGAAUAGGGAUCGUGUUGUUGGCACAACCGUCUUCGAUCAAGUACUUGAUUGUUUCUGAUUGCAAUGCCACUGCUUCAUCGACUUCGAAGGUUUCGCCGUCGUGACUCUUGAGAGUGAAUUUCAUGGUUGAAGAAGACAUGGUGAUGAUGAUUGGGUAUGGAUGAUGAGAUUUUAGGAAAAUGGGCAGGAAUGUGGACAUUCUUAAAUCUGUGACUCGCGUCAAGCAACUGAAGGAACUAGCUCAACUAUUAGAUACUCGAAAUUCACCGUUGCUCGUUGCAAUUUCUGGAAAAGUUGCCGCUGAUAGCACAAUUAUAUGUGAAUUAAGUGGUUUAGCGAGUGUAAUUGUUGAAGAUACGGUAGAGCAACAUUUUCUUAAACAUGAGAAGUGGGAUUGGAAAGACCAUUCUCCUGUAACGUCGUUCGCGAGUAAAGAGGUUUCUUGGUAUCUGGAAGAUGCAACUGGUUGUGUGGAUGUGGUUGGAGCUCAGCAGGCCAUAGAUUUUAUGUUACCUUUUCAAAAGGAAAUAUUUAAACAAUCAAAACCAUGGAUGAUACAUAGAAUAUUCAAUUAUUUCCGAGGUCUCAAGGAGCUUGGUUUUAAGAGAAUUGAACGAACACUUCCAAUCAACACUUCCUUGACAGUUAUUGGUGAAGUUUCUAAAGAUGAUGCCGGCACCAUUCGGAUUCAAAAACCCCAGUCAGGACCAUUUUAUGUCUCUCCCAACACAAUUGAUGAUCUUAUAAUUGCUAAUCAUGGGGAUUUCGUCAGGUGGUGUAAGUAUGCAUCGAUUGGAUUUUCAAUAUUUGGUUCUUGUAUAAUAGCUAUGCAUACUAUUCAAUACAUCUUGACAUGGCGACGACAAUGUGAAAUGCAUAAAAGGGUACUUAAGGCAGCUGCUAUUAUUAAGAUGUCAGAACAACAGCCCGCUAUCCGAGUGCAAUCGGCAAAUAUUGAAGGUAAAUUGCUAAAAGUCUAUACUAUUAAUUUUGUAAUGAUUGUUUCAAUAGUACGCGGUUUGCUAGAAAGGAUUAGCAGCACAGCUUGUUGCUCGUUUGUCUUUCACUUAUGUGUAAGAAAUUGUGACAAUUUCUCAGGUAAAAUGGAUGACGACUUCUCAGAUUUGUGUGUGAUAUGCAUUGCUCAGAAAUACAAUGUUGCUUUUGUCCCGUGCGGGCAUAUGUGUUGCUGUACAACUUGUUCUCGACCCUUAAAAAUGUGCCCUCUUUGCCGCGGACAGAUAAAGCAAGUUAUACGAAUUUUCUAUCCCUAAUUAUGAAAGCUUAACUAGACAAAUCAUCAUGGAAUCUUGAAUUGUGAUUCAUGCUUUAAGAAUCCAAGAGUAAUGGUGUUCUGCUUGUCGCUUGAGGUUUUAAAUCAAAGGUUGCGAUAAACUAUAUUACAGAAUAUUGAGAUCAUUGUGGUUAACAAUUGUACAUGUGUUGGGGUCGUAGAGACAACAAAAAUCUUGAUGUUGCAUAUCGCGGUCACGGAUUCUUUUUGAAUAAAUGUUAGCCUCAUAUAUUGACAUGAUACGAGAUUGGAUAGAACACAGUUACUGCGUCAACAUAGCAACUGAUUUAGACCGUUCGAUUAAAUUGAACGACCGAGAUCUUAUACAGUAUAAAAUUAUUAAAAUAUGGAUUGUUUAAUCAGAAUCGUUGAAUCGAAAAUGGCUGGCCGAGAUUCACUACUAUGGCAAACUACAUGAGUUUACAAUGGCAGUGAAUCCAGGUCCGACAUGAAUCCGUUUUUUAAACACAAUCUAGAACUCUAGUAUUUUUGAAUUUGACUCAAAAGAAGUAGUUGUUGAAGUUUGUAUAUGUUGGAAUAAAUGUAUAUAUUAUUUUCUAAAAGAUAAAA